CUGUCACUCUCCACACGUUGCUAAUUAAGCUUUAGUCAGUUAUUUGUUUCUCUUUGUCUUAUUUCUUCUUUCUUAAUUGUGAAAGCAGUAGAGAUGAAGGUAACUUUAUCUUGCCUGUUUGUUGGUUGAAGUUUGUUUCCGGAUCAUAUCUGCUGUGUUUUCUCUCUCUCUCUCUCUGUAGGGUUGGGUGUGGCCACUCUGUUUGCUGGGUUGUUGGUUCGAGUGUUGGUGACAUUUACUGUUGUUUCAUUCGCUGGUUUUAAUGUGAAGGAGAAGAUCUUUAUAUCUCUGGCCUGGAUGCCUAAAGCUACAGUGCAAGCUGCUAUAGGGUCUAUGGCUCUGGAUAUGGCUAACAGUGCUGGAGAUGAGCCGCUGCAGAAUUAUGGGAUGGAUGUUCUCACUGUGGCCAUUCUUGCAAUUCUGAUCACAGCUCCGAUCGGCGCUCUCGCCAUCGGCCUCACGGGACCAAAACUACUGCAGAAAUACACAAGUACACAUCUGGACACAAACACACACAAUCAUUGUGACAGAACUCAAGAUGUCGGUGGCCUGGAGUCCAAACUGUAAAAUAUCUCUUACACGCACACGUGUGAAUCUGAAAUAUUACCACACAGUCACAAACGCUGUUGUUGUUGUGUUGAGUUAUUUGACCUUGAUCUCAGGUUUGUUAAAGAUCUCAUGAACAUCCGUCUGCCUGUAAACUGCCUUUCGAAAUAUCUGCUGUGAAAACUUAUCAUCAAAUCUUCAUGUAAAUCAGUAGCAUCGCUCACAUCAUAAUUCAGUCAUCACCAGCUCUUCCUCAUUUUAUUUCUGUUAUAUUUAUUUUGUGUUUUGACUGUGUUGCGUCUUUGAUAUCAGACAACAGAGGAAUGUACAUUUACAAUCACAAAAUUAGACCUAAACAGUUUCAAGAAAUUAAACUUCCUAAGUCACAACUAAUAAGCUCUCCCUGUUCUUCAUAAACAUUUGCUCAGUCACUUUGAAUGAAAGUCAGUGAGUACAGCUGUGACACGUCAGAGGAGACCUGGUCCUCCCGGCUGAGUUUGGAUUCUCACGAGGUUGUUUCUCCAUUUAUUUCUCAUUGGAGUUUGGGUUCCUCGCCACAGGGCCAACGUGUUGGCUUGCUCACCAGGAGACUGCUGCUUAUAGGUUCUGUAAAUUCCGUUAACAUCGCUUUAUUAGAAUGAUCUUGCUUGUUCUACAAACACAAUGCAGUGUACUGUUUUACCUUUUCUGUUUUUCUUUUCUCCUGUAAAGCUGCUUUGGAACAAUGCACAUUUUGAAAGGCACUAUAUAAAUUAAAUUGAAUUGUGUAAACGCUGUGAGAUGAAGAAAGUUCUGUUCAGUACAUUAAACUCUGUGUGUGUGUGUGAGAUCAUUGUCUGGGUUUGUGUCAUAAUAAUAAUAUUGGGUUUUAUAAUGGUUUAAUUUCAGCAGGAGUUAGAGAUCACAUGAUCAAAGUCAACAUGAACUUGACAUCAUUCAGUGUUGAUUACUGUAAAGCUGCUUUGACACGACGUGUUUUCUUCUGUGGUGUUGCUCUAUCAAAAACUGGUCAAUGAAUAAACACGGUAUG